AUGAUUGGAGAUGGAUUUAAUAUCGAUCCGGGAAAUUAUAUACUCGUUUACUGUAAAAUGCGCUAUUAUAUUGCAUGGACCAGUCGAACAUUAUCCACGUGGUUUAUCGUACUAGCAUGUGCCGAUCGAUACUUUUCAAGUUCUCCUAGUGUUAGCCGUCGUCAGUUGAGCUCAAUAACAACCGCAUAUUAUACAAUCUGUGCUACAACCGUCAUCGGCCUGUUAAUUUAUGUCCAUGUAUUGGUCUAUUUUAAUAUUGAUCCUACGCAGACUCCUGCAUGCUAUGGAAUGCAAGGUAUGUACCGUCUGUUUGCUGAUUUUUCCUAUCUAUCCUUCUACAGUGUCAUACCGACGUUCGUAAUGUGCAUCUUCGGCUCACUAACAAUAUGCAACGUGAUCGAACUUCAUCAAAAUGUUUCACGUUCGACAACUGCCGCUGCCGCAUUUCGAAUCAGACGAAGAGAUCGGCAAAUGCUGUUAAUGUUGUUAUGUCAAGUUCUAAUAAUUAUUUUGACAACAUUGGCUCAACCUGCCCAGAAACUAUAUGCAACGUUCACAACGGCCACAGUUAAAACAAGCAUGGAUCGUGCUCAUGAUGAAUUGGCAGCACAAAUAAUUCGUUCAAUAUCUUUUUUAAGUCAUUGUUGCAGCUGUUAUAUCUUUACGAUUAUUAGUGGAAGGUAUCGGAAAGAACUGAAUCUUGUGUUGCAGCGAUGCUAUAAAUGGAAAUUAUUUCAGUCAACUCACUACACACGAUCAGAUGAUGGCAACAGAACAUCGGAACAACUACCACAAACUUAA